UCAAUAUCAGCAUUUCUUAAAACGGUACUGGAAAAAGAUGGCAAAGACGUGAAACCUAUGCCACUCACUAACAAUGCUGUUAGCAGAAGAAUAGAGGAAAUGAGUGAAAAUACUGAAACUCAACUUGUAGAACAGCUGAAAACCAGAAAAUUCUCAGUGAAAAGGGAUGAAUCAACUUUGAGAGCCAGUGAGGCUGUACUGAUAACUUACUUUAAGAUAUAUUGAUCAAGGAGAUUUUGUUGAGGAGAAGUUGUUCUGUAAAUCUUUAGAAAGCACCACUACCGCCAAAGUUAUAUAU